AUGGACGUUGACAAAGGCCACCCGGUGUCCACUCCCAUUCUCCCAGUCGCAGCUGGCAAACAGCAAGCCAAAAAAGUCAUACUGCACCGCACGAAUGUGUGGAAGCUUUCCAUCGCCGCGAUAGUCCUGCUCGCGGUGUCGCAGUGGACGCUCAUUCAGUCACGAGUCGACCUAAAGACUUCCGUCAGAGCACCCGUCCAUGCGGACCAAAUUCUCGACAAGUGCCGCCUGCUGAACGUCAGGCCUGGGCCCCCGGAAGACUUUAGCCUCAGAGAGCACUCCGACAGGUUCGUACCAGGGACGAAAGCUACCCUGAUCAAGAACGCGAAAAUCUGGACUGGAAAGCUUAACGGCUUGGAAGUCCUCCAAGGCGACGUGUUGUUGCAAAACGGCUUGAUCAAAGGUGUUGGAAUAAUCGACAAGGCUGCCCUCACAAGUAUCAGAGCCGAGGAUUUAGUCGAGGUCGAUGCGAAUGGUGCAUGGGUUUCACCAGGCAUCGUUGACAUGCACAGUCAUUUAGCGGUUACUUCCCUUCCUCUACUCGGCGGUUCUCAGGAUGGUAAUUCUUUCAAAGGCCCAGUGCUUCCCUGGCUUCGCGCUCUGGAUGGGCUUAACACGCGUGAUGAUGCCUAUCGUCUCAGCAUCUCAGGCGGCGUGACUACUGCGCUCGUCCUGCCCGGAUCAGCGAACGCCAUAGGUGGGCAGGGCAUCCUGAUCAAACUUCGGCCGACGGCGGAGCGUUCCCCCACGUCGAUGCUACUGGAGAACCCGUACUCUACCAACACGUCAGAAUAUGAUCCUCACAGGGCUUUCAGAUUCAGACAGAUGAAGCAUGCUUGCGGUGAAAACCCGGAUCGAGUCUACUCAGGCACUCGCAUGGACACUACUUGGGCAUUCCGUCAAGCAUACAACAAAGCUAGGGAAAUUAAGAUCGCCCAGGACGAGUACUGCGCUAAAGCCCUAGAGGGAGACUGGACAGGUUUAGCUGGACAGUUUCCCGAGGACUAUCAGUGGGAAGCUCUCGUGGACGUACUUCGGGGUCGCGUUAAAGUCCAUAAUCACUGCUACGAGAGCGUGGACUUGGACGACAUGGUUCGAAUCACUAACGAAUUCCAGUUCUCUAUCGCGGCUUUCCAUCAUGCGCAUGAGACAUAUCUGGUACCUGAAACCCUGAAGAAGGCACAUGGACAUCCUCCGGCCAUCGCUCUCUUUGCGACCAACGCACGAUACAAGCGCGAGUCUUACCGCGGAUCGGAGUUUGCGCCACGGAUCUUGGCGAACAACUCGUUGCAGUCGGACCACCCGGUGCUAGAUUCCCGCUUCUUGCUCUAUGAAGCUCAGCAGGCGCACUAUUACGGCCUUGAUGCCAACCUUGCGCUGUUGUCCGUCACCGGUACCCCUGCCCAGAUUAUCGGUCAAGACCACCGUGUCGGAUUCAUCGAGAAAGGAUAUGAUGGAGACCUUGUCCUCUGGGACAGUCAUCCGCUGGCCCUCGGCGCGACCCCUCAGGAGGUCUGGAUUGACGGCAUUCCUCAGAUUACGACGCCGCACGUGCACAAGAAGCCCGAGCAACUGCAGCAUGUGCCGAAGACCCCCAAUUUUGACGAGGAGGUGGCCAAGACGCUACAGUAUAACGGCUUGCCGCCCUUGCUCCCGGACCGUUCGGACAAGGACACUGUGGUUUUCACUAAUGUCAGUGAGGUCCUGACUAGGGAGAUGCACAAGAUCCAUGCACUGUUCACCCCGCAAGCGUCGCCCGGCGUCGUUGUCGUUCAAGGUGGUGUUGUCGUAUGUGCAGGCUCUGACACCGCGUGUGACAGCUUCAUGCGGCAGGAGGCACGACACAUCGACUUACAAGGCGGCUCAAUCUCGCCCGGACUGAUGUCCUUCGGCUCUCCCCUUGGUUUGCAGGAAAUCCAGGCAGAAGCAGAUACAGCGGAUGGCUACGUCUUGGACCCAUUGCUUGCAGACGUCCCAGAUAUUAUCGGUGGGGACCGCGCCGUUAUACACGCUAUCGAUGGUCUACAGUUCACUACUCGAGACGCGCUACUCGCCUACCGCUCCGGAGUCACUGGUGGGAUCACUGCUCCAAAAGCGUCAGGCUUCCUCGCAGGUGUGAGCACUGCGUUCUCGACGAGUGCUCUCCAUUCCCUGGAGAAAGGCGCAAUAAUCCAGAAGGAUGUUGCGCUGCAUGUCUCAGUCUUUCACGGCGGCUUUCCAAGCGUGAGCACGCAGGUCGCGACGUUGCGCCGGCUGCUGAAGGGCCACGGCAAGGGUGCGCUGGGUCACUGGUUCGCGAAGGUCUCGGGUGGCAAGGUCCCGCUUGUCAUUGACGUCCACAAUGCCGAUACCAUUGCUUCGUUGCUCCGGCUUAAGAAGGAAAUCGAAGAGGAGAGGGACGUGCAGCUGAAGUUUGUGUUUUCUGGCGCGACGGAGGCGCAUCUCCUUGCAAAAGAAAUCGCAGAGGCGGGAGCGGGCGUCAUCCUCGCGCCUUCGCGGCCAUUCCCUCUUGCAUGGGAGCAGCGACGGAUGCGAGUAGCUGCCAUUCCACUCCCUGGUCCUCCUCUAUCAGAGCAGAACUCUGUCGCUGUACUUCGUGCAGAGAACGUGACCGUCGCUCUCGGCGUCUCCGAAGCGUGGCAGGCCAGAAACACUAGAUUCGAUGUCGGAUGGGCGGCACUUGAGGCCGGUGGUUCUUUCAACAAGCACGAGGCUAUCGCACUGGCCACUGUCAACCUCGAAAAGCUCCUCGGUAUGCACAAGUGCCAUGACGAUCUCGUGGCUACCGUGGGCGGUAACCUCUUCGACUUGUCGAGCAAAGUAGCUGCAAUUAUUUCUCCCAGGCGGGGUUUGGUGGAUAUUUUAUGA